UUUUUUUUUUUUUUUUUUCCCUCUCUUUUUCUUUUCUUCCCCUCCCUCGCGCUUGCUCUUUGAGGGUUUUCCCAUACUCAACAGUUCCUAGAUCAUGGAACCGUUGACCCUUCAAUUACGGCAGGAUGACGAAGAAACAAUCGAAUGCUGGGACGACGAUGGUGAUCUACAAUGCCAUGAGGAUAUACAGUUUCGUGCUGCGUCCAGCGCUACAUCCGUGACGAGCUGUUCGAUUCGCCGAUCAGGACAUCGGGAUUCAAUUUCAUCUCGUCGCUCUGCUAGAUCCGAUCUUGAAUCCAACGCCGGCGGCGAUGACGACUGGCAAGUACAAUUACUUGAAAACGAUGAUUAUGCGACCGACGAUGCUAUCGCGUCUGCUCAGAGCGCCGGGAUUCCAUUGCCUGCGAAUGUGCCCAAGUCGGCCCUGAUAGGGGGCACAAUCAAGUGCCUGGGACGGAAGAAGCCAAGAAGAAACUUCGCAGAUGAUUGGUCUGAAGACGUCGAGUUCCCAGACUCGGAGUAUACGUUGAAAUUGAAGGACCCCAAAGAACGAAAUUUCCCUGGAAUUCUUCGGCAAAUCAACUCCACUGCAACAAGUCCUGUGAAGUGCUCGGCUCCGUUGUCAAGGGAUAAUGAUAUAUCAGGCCGCCUGCAUUCUGCGUUGGUGGGGUUGGCUCGGGAUGAUGACGAUGUUGCUGAUCUUCAGAACGUGCCUACUAUCAAGCUCCCAAAAACUCGGACACCUCGACAAGCAACGCCCGUCAAUAACGAUACCUACGAAGCUGAAAACGAAGUGGAAAGUUUCGAUAAUGAUUUCGAGUUGCCUCCCGAUGAUCUCCCACUUAGGCGAAAGGUCAACGCAAACAGUUCAAGCCAAUUCCCAGAAGACCUCGAUUUAGACUGGUCUGAAGGGAGUAUCGGUGUUCGACUUGGUGGCACGGCGCGGGAUCGGCGAUCCAAUCCUAGCUCAUCAGUGUCGAUUGCCAGCCCGAGUUUGUCGAGCUGCUUGACGGGCGAGAGUGAAGAUGAUAAUCUUGAUGGUCUCGUUAUCCCUGACCAACCUCUGGACCUGGAAACAUCCCUAAGGAAGCUACAGGAUCCACCCAUAGCUGCCCAGCCACAUCCAGAAUUCAUACAGGGUGGACAGGAAUCGGCGGUGGACGAUUUCUUCUCCGGUAUCGAAAUCGAAGGCGGCGAUAUUUUCACAUCAAACGUGUCACUCAACCCAAAUGUAAAAUGCAAGGCAGAAUGCCCGGAAAACCCGGCACGUCGUUCGGCGACUACAAUUCGGUUCACGAAUACAUCCGCAUCUCCCAAGACUCGGAUCCCCCGUCUCUCAGGUCAUGAUCGCCCACACUCAACUUGUCUUGAAACCGUGUCGGAAAGUGGAGCACCCCUUUCUAAUUUUCGGCGUUCACAAAAAUCUCGGCUCGGCGGCCAUUCAUCGCACUCUUCUCUGUCCAGUUUGCCUGCGCCUAGUUCAAUGUCGACAUCUCCGACUUCCCAGCCCGCUGGUCGACGGUUGGUUGGGACGCGUGUCUCGAAGGAUUCCUUGUUGGCUGCGCGUGCUCCUACCGGAAAGCAAUCGCUGCAAUCCUUGAAGGCAAAACGAUCCAUGCCGGCUAUGCGCGGCAUGUAUCAGAAUUCCAUGGUAUCCCAAGGUACAGUGUCCCAUCAGGAUACAAAGAGCCAAUGGUUUAUGUCUACAGCCUAUCCAAAGACGCCAGUCGAUCGCAUGAAUGCUAAUCGCAGGACUCAAGCGCCAUUCAUCCCGGCAGGUGCUUCAGAAAACCAAUCGCAUCACAUCACCGUCAAGAGUCACCGUCAUGCACGUAGUCCGAGUGAUGUACUUUAUUCACGGGGGUCUGUAUCGCGACUUGCACGGCUGAAUCACACUGAUGCUGUUGACAACAACGGUUCUAGCGAUACUGGUUCAGAAACAAUUGCCGCCAAGCGUACCCUCACUAAGCCAGCUCGUCGGCGGAACUUUGGCGACGGAACGGAACUGGAGUUGUUUGAUGAUUUGCCCACGUCUUCCUCGACCGAAAGCAAAUUUAUCAAACAUGCCAGCGGACGUGGCGCCCCAAGGUUCCUCCGAAGCAGGUUGGGCCAGAGUCAAAAUAUGGUACUGCAGGGAGAGACACCACAAUCACCUGCACCCGUUACUUCACUGAAGACCCUAGACUCCACACCGCGUUUCGCGCGGGAUACGAAUGCCUCCAGGAAUGCAAGAGAACAGCGCAUUUCCUCCGUGAAUAUGAAGGAUCGAGAAGUCAACCCACUCCCGUCACUAGGUGCGAAUCGGAAGGCUCAAAGAACGUCACGUGUCUCUUCCAAUAGCUCGGCGACAUUGAGAAACAAGAAGAAAAAAUCCGUGGUGCCUGGGAACAAGCCCCAUUUAAUUAAGCCGAUGGGUGUGGGCGUUCAGGGGGCUAAAUCUGUAAACGGGAUGCGUUACAAUCCCAUCACUUUCCGCUGGGAAGGAAAUGAGAAUUUGGUCCAAGACUUUGACAAUAUUUCCCCGAUUUCUCCCAAGCCAGCACCAGCACUUAUCACCAACGUAAGCGCAAUGCAGAAUGUGCAGGUGGUCGGGGGUAUGGUGUUCGAUCCACAGCGCAUGUGCUGGCUUAAAUUAGCACCGCUACAGCCCGGAGCCAACGGGCUAGUAGCCAUUCAAGAUGAGGAUGAUGUUUUUGCUGGCCUUGACGACCUUGAUGAUAAAGCAUGGAGCAACGAUCAUAGUGGACGAACUUUGGGUGCACCUGAUGAUCUUGGUCCUGUGGCAAGCGGAGACGAUCGAAGCGGUGGGGAGUCGUCAGACGAAUGGCCCAUCACAGAGGAAUUUGACGUCGGUCCCGAGUUCAUCAAACGCCAACGGGCCGAAGAAGAGAAAUGGAAACAUAAAGUUGAUAAGUGGGUGGGCUUCGAGCGCCGAAAGCUCGAUGAUGGAUGGCGAUGGGCUAUCCGAGAUUUGGUAAAAUCGAACAGCCCAUUUGAAACGGAUCAAUUCGACGAUACAGGUGCUAGUUACAAUGGUGACCAAGGAGAGUGAGCGAUGAGCGUAAUGAGAAUGCACAGUGAUACCCACCAAACCAGCGGCAGAAGGGGGUUGGAGCAAAAAUAAAACAAAGAAGAAAAAACCACCCUACGGCGGCAUUGCCUGACAUUCUGGGCAGAAGCAUGCUGUAUGUUUGUUGACAUUGAUGAUUAUGAUUAUUAUUAUUAUGAUGACGACGAUCAUAAAAGAAAGAAAGGAAAGACCUCUCACCAGGCUUGCAAUUGGAUGAUACCCCUCCCAUAUGAUUUCAUGAGACACACCUUGUUGAUAUUAAUGAGCCAGUCAGCAUGAUGAAUUUCCUUAUAUCACUGGUCUAUUGCUGUACUUUUUUGAUACAAUACUCUUUUGGCUCUUCACAGAAAACUUUUGAUAUGCAGAGAUACCUGUGUAACUAUACCUAGUAUAUGACAUUAUUUAGGAUAUAAAUAUAUGCCUAUAGACUCU